UAGCAAAAAUAUUCAAAAAAUAAUCAAAAUAUUUUAUAUUACUAGAAAUAAAAAUAAAAAAUGUUACCAGGAGUUUGACACCUUCAGGGUCCAGUGAAUUUACGCCCCUGAACAUGUUUGUGAACGCAGCACACUAAAACAGAUGAUAAACUAACUUGUGUUGUGUAUGUUGUGGACGUUGUGUUGUCUGGAGUGUGUACUGUGUGUGUUGUGUCCUCGGACAGCGGGCAGCCCCGGUCAUGUGGCCGGGCGCACCUUGCCGCAGGCGGCUAUAAUUAGCUCCCGUCCCCGGAGCAUAUGUCGGAGCGGAGCCGCCGCAGCGCAGAAACACUUCCGCGUUGAGGGAAUCCGGAAGCGGACGGUGAUGAGUUAACGGCGCCGUUCACCGUCUGCAGGUACGUUCAAGCGUGUGUCUCCCGACGUCUCACCGAACCUCCGUUAGCUUGACAGGAGCUAACUCCUCCACUGUUAACGGCCGGUCGGAGCGCUGUCACGGCGGGAGGCUCCAGUCCGGUACCGGAGUUCUUGGGUCUCUCCGCCGCCGCCUUUCAACGCGUCUCAACCGGGGUGGUUCUGUGUUCCAGAGCCGGAGAACCGGAGAGCAGGUGAAGCGGAGCCGCCGCAGCAGCAGCUACAUGGAGGCUAACUGAGCGGACCGGAGCACCGCGGUUCGUUAGCAGCAGGAUGCCCGCCGGAGUUUGCGGCUGCUGUGGGCCGCUGAGGCCGAGAUACAAACGUCUGGUGGACAACAUCUUCCCCGAAGACCCCAAAGAUGGACUCAGUAAAUCUGACAUGGAGAAGCUCACCUUCUACGCUGUGUCGGCUCCGGAGAAGCUGGACCGGAUCGGAGCUUAUCUGGCCGAGAGGCUGAGCAGAGACGUGGUGCGACACCGAUACGGCUAUGUGGUGAUAGCGAUGGAGGCUCUGGACCAGCUGCUGAUGGCUUGUCACUCUCAGAGCAUCAAACCCUUCGUGGAGAGUUUCCUGCACAUGGUGGCCAAACUGCUGGAGUCCAGAGAACCGGACCUGCAGGUUCUGGGAACCAACUCGUUUGUGAAGUUUGCCAACAUCGAGGAGGACACACCGUCCUACCAUCGCCGCUAUGACUUCUUCGUCUCCCAGUUCAGCGCCAUGUGCCACUCGACCCACGAAGAUCCUGAGACCAGAACCAGGAUCCGUGUUGCCGGGAUCAAAGGUCUGCAGGGCGUCGUGAGGAAGACGGUGAACGACGAGCUUCAGGCCAUAAUCUGGGAGCAGCAACACAUGGACAAACUGAUCCCGUCCAUGCUGUUCAACAUGCAGGACAGCGAUGACCUGGACAGGGCGGGUCAUCCCAGCACGCCGUCCGGAGCCGGUCAGGACGGCGAGGAGAACCCAGCGGCGCUGGCUGAGAGCUGCUUCAGGGAGCUGCUGGGUCGAGCCGCCUACGGCAACAUGAACAACGCCGUCCGACCCGUCUUGGUUCACCUGGACAACCAUCACCUGUGGGACCCCAAUGAGUUUGCAGUUUCCUGCUUCAGAAUCAUCAUGUAUUCCAUCCAGGCUCAGCACUCCCACCACGUGAUCCAGCAGGUUCUGAACCACCUGGACCACCACAACAAGAACACUCCGCGGGUCAGAGCCGGGAUCGUCCAGGUUCUGCUGGAGACGGUGGCCAUCGCCGCCAAAGGAUCUGUGGGUCCCACAGUGCUGGAGGUUUUCAACACUCUGCUCAAACACCUGAGGAUGAGCGUCGACUUCGAGCUCGGUGAGACUUCGAGGAGGAACUCCAGCACCAGCGUGUCGUCGGGUCGGGGCAAAGAGAGCGAAGAGCGAAUCGUCCAGAACGCCAUCAUCCAAACCAUCGGCUUCUUCGGUGGAAACCUGCCCGACUACCAGCGAGCUGAAGUCAUGAUGUUCAUUAUGGGCAAAGUGCCGGUCUACGGGACUCCCUGCCACACUCUGGACACCGUCAAGAUCGGGCAUCAGGGUACGAAGAGGAUCCAGACGAUGCUGCUCAGCUCCCUCAUCAUGGUGACCUCUGGCUUCAAGUCUAAGUCCAUGGCAGCGGCAUUGCCUCCUCCCUUCCUGGACCCGCUGUUCUCCAUCUCCCUGAUGGAGGACAGUGAACUGAGGCAGCUGGUGCUAGAGAUCCUGCACAACAUCAUUGAUCGCCACGACAACCGGGCCAAGCUACGCGGCAUCAGAAUUAUUCCAAAUGUCGCAGCGCUGAAAAUCAAAAGAGAGAAGAUUUCCAAACAAGACGUUGCAUUUAUGAAGAAGCAUGGCCAGCAGCUCUACCGUCACAUCUAUCUGGGAUGCAAAGAGGAAGACAACGUCCACAAGAACUUUGAGCUGCUCUUCACCACUUUGGCCACUCUGACCAUCGAGCUGGCCAACGAGGAAGUGGUCAUCGACCUGAUCCGGCUCUCCAUCGCUCUGCAGGACAUGGCUCUGGGCAACGAGGAGAACAUGCCGAUGUUCAUCCGCUGUGGCAUCAACGCGCUGGUGGCGGCGUACCUCAACUUCCUGAGCCAGAUGAUCGCCAACCCGCCGUUCUGUCAGCACGUCAGCAAGGUGAUUGAGCUGAGGAACCUGGACGCUCCGUAUCUCCUCCCAGAACACAUCUUCAGAGACAAGUGUCCACUCCCCGAAUCUCUGGACAAAGAGGACCGACAGCUGUAUUUCCAGACGGCCGACAUGGCCGAGUGUCUGGCAGGUCCAGGAUACAACGCAGAGCGGCUCUCCAUCCCGUACAUCCCUCAGGUCACAGAUGAAGAUCGUCUGACCAGGAGGAAGAGCUUCGUGGACACCAUCUCCCUGCAGGUGGACAUCAUGUCCAACAGCCUGCCUGACAAGUCCCAGCUGGCCGAGGAGAUCACAUUCGAGACCCUGAAGAAGGCCAUCGAUACGACUGGUUUGGAGGAGCAGGAGCGAGAAAAGAGGCGUCAGGUGAUGGAGAAGUUCCAGAAAGCUCCGUUUGAGGAGAUCGCUGCUCACUGCGAGUCCAAGGCAAACAUGCUGCACGACCGACUGGCUCAAAUCUUCGAACUCACAAUCAGGCCUCCACCCAGUCCAUCCGGAGUGGUUUCCAUCUCGGCCGGACACACCCAGCAUCAGUCCGUCCCCGUCUACGAGAUGAAGUUCCCAGACCUGUGUGUCUACUGAAAACACCACACAAACACACAUCAACAUCGCACAGGAAACCGCAAAAAUUAGAAAAAAAAAAAAAAAAUGCUGAGAAAGAACGACACAAUCACAACCUGUAUUCCAGUUUAAUCUAUUCAACCAGCGCACAUGAGGCGGGGAUGCUGCCAGAGACGGCAAACGCAGCAAAACUGGAGGAACUUUGAGCCUCAAAAAGGGGAAACAUUCCUCACAAAUCCCAAAAAAACAUCGUUCAUUAAACUUUCCAAACCUGUGCAACCUCCAUUUUUCUGUUCUUCUCUAUAUACUCAUUUAUCAGACGUGAUCCGAUUUGCUGCGUUUUCUUUCCCAACUCACAUCCCUGAAACUCAACCUUUUGAGUCACCAAGAACAAAAAAAAAAAAAAACGAACAACAUAAACCGCUUGAGAUUUUAGUGCAUUGAUGUCGAAUCCGCCGUUGCUUCGCACCUUGUACAUAAACAAUAACGCUCUCGUAGAAAAUGGCUUCUUAACAAGUAUCCGUUCUCUUGUUUGCGUCGGUGAAGUCACAGGUUAGUAGAAAAUAUCUUAGCUGUCAGCUGUAAAAAGACAAAAAUACCAGAAAUAAGUGCAGCUGUGGUAGAAGGCAGUUUAGUUCUAGGCUCACAGUUAAAGCUACGCUGUCAAAUAAGCUUUAGAAAUGACUUCAACUGCCAGCUGAGUGUUCGGAGAUGAAGCUAAAGCGACACCUGAGAGGCUCGUGCUUGGUGAUGGUUGGUUUGCUGCAGGUUUCUAGAAAACAUCCAAUAUUCAGACUUUCAGGGUUGGAAAUUGCCAAAGAGAUGUGAGCGGAGUGGUGCAGAUUUCUUGUUUUCAUCUUGUUUUAAAUAGAUGUUUUCCAGCUUGUAGGAUCUUUUAGGGCAACCUGAAUGUUUGGAAGAGUUCUGAUUGCAAGAACUGACCCUGCAGAACCUCUAUUAGGACGCGUUUUAACUCUAGGUUCUAAUUAAAAACCCUGAGAAAACUAAACCUGGAGAGUACGGGACCAUUUUUCUGCUUCUUGAUGUCCUCAUCCAGUCGUCAUCUUCUCCAUAUAUACUAACAUGCUGAACCAUUGUUCUGUUGCCGACAUAAAGCUGGAUCUGCGUCCGUUUUUUUUUAAUUUAAAGUCACGAUCUAAGCUCUCAGAUCUGAAACAGAAAG